GCGCCCGGCCUCGAGCCCGCGCCCCCCCCCCGCGUGCCCGCGCCGCUGCGCGAUGCAGUGUGGGGAAUGGCUGGGGUUGGCUGAAGAGCGCACAGUGGAGUUUUAAUGUCCGCCAUGUUGGCCAUGGCGUAUUGAGGAGAGCGAGCGAGAGAGGAGCGGAGCGGCUCGGCCUCCCACCUCCCGGCGGCUCUGAGUGCCCGGACGGCGGGCUCCGCGCUCCGCCCCUCCAGUCCCCGGCAGCGGCGGGCGAGUGGGGACCGAACCCCCGGUUCUCCAUGAUCCCGCUGGCCGGGGCCGUUUCCCCAGAGCGGAGAGGUAUCUGCUGCGCCUGAGAUGAGUAAACUGUCGUUUCGGGCGCGGGCGCUAGACGCCUCGAAGCCGCUGCCGGUUUUCCGCUGUGAGGAUCUGCCCGACCUGCACGAAUACGCCUCGAUAAACCGGGCCGUGCCGCAGAUGCCCACCGGAAUGGAGAAGGAAGAGGAGUCGGAACACCAUCUUCAGCGGGCUAUCUCGGCACAGCAGGUGUAUGGCGAGAAGAGGGACAACAUGGUCAUUCCAGUCCCAGAGGCAGAAAGCAACAUCGCUUACUAUGAGUCCAUUUACCCCGGGGAGUUCAGGAUGCCAAAGCAGCUCAUUCACAUACAGCCUUUUAGUUUGGAUGCUGAGCAACCCGAUUAUGAUUUGGAUUCUGAAGAUGAAGUAUUUGUGAAUAAACUGAAGAAGAAAAUGGACAUCUGCCCACUGCAAUUUGAGGAGAUGAUUGACCGUCUAGAAAAAGGCAGUGGUCAGCAGCCAGUCAGUCUGCAGGAAGCCAAACUACUGCUAAAAGAAGACGAUGAAUUAAUUAGAGAAGUUUAUGAAUACUGGAUUAAAAAGAGAAAAAACUGUCGAGGGCCAUCUCUUAUCCCAUCAGUAAAACAAGAGAAGCGAGAUGGUUCCAGCACAAAUGAUCCUUAUGUGGCUUUUAGAAGACGUACUGAAAAAAUGCAGACUCGAAAAAAUCGCAAAAAUGAUGAAGCCUCUUAUGAAAAAAUGCUUAAGCUGCGUCGAGAUCUAAGUCGGGCUGUUACUAUUCUAGAGAUGAUAAAAAGAAGAGAAAAGAGUAAAAGGGAGCUAUUGCACUUAACACUGGAAAUUAUGGAAAAGAGGUAUAGUCUGGGUGACUACAGUGGCGAGAUCGUGUCUGAGGUCAUGGCGCAGAGACAGCCCAUGAAGCCUGCUUACUCCAUCCCCGUUGUCCCCCUCACCAACAGCGGCCAGUUCAAACACCAGGAAGCCAUGGAUGUGAAGGAGUUUAAAGCUCAUAAGCAAGAUAAGGCCGAUCUUAUCCGACCUAAACGUAAAUAUGAAAAGAAGCCCAAAGUCUUACCGUCGUCUGCUGCUGCCGCUCCUCAACAGGCCAGCCCCGCCGCGCUGCCGGUCUUCAACGCUAAAGACCUGAACCAGUAUGACUUUCCCAGCUCGGAUGAAGAGCCUCUCUCCCAGGUUCUGUCUGGCUCUUCGGAAGCUGAGGAAGAGAAUGACCCCGAUGGUCCUUUUGCUUUCCGUAGGAAGGCAGGCUGUCAGUACUAUGCUCCUCACUUAGACCAAACUGGCAACUGGCCUUGGACUAGUCCUAGCGACGGAGGAUUAGGGGAUGUGCGAUACCGCUACUGCUUGACCACCCUGACCGUGCCCCAGAGGUGUAUUGGAUUUGCGCGAAGACGGGUUGGGCGCGGUGGAAGGGUCUUACUGGACAGAGCUCACUCGGACUAUGACAGCAUGUUUCGCCAUCUGGAUUUGGAAAUGCUUUCCUCACCACAACAUUCUCCAGUCAAUCAGAUUGCCAAUACCUCAGAAACAAAUACCUCGGACAAAUCUUUCUCUAAAGACCUCAGUCAGAUACUAGUCAAUAUCAAAUCAUGUAGAUGGCGGCAUUUUAGGCCUCGGACACCAUCCCUACGUGACAGUGACAGUGAUGGAGUCUCCUGUAGGAAAUGGUAUCGGAGUGUAAGUCGAACAGGAGCAGCACAACCCGGGACCCAGACAUGCAGCACCUCUGUGCAGAGUAAAAGCGGCAGUGGCUCAGCGCACUUCGCAUUUACAGCCGAACAAUACCAGCAACAUCAGCAGCAGCUGGCACUCAUGCAGAAACAGCAGCUUGCACAAAUUCAGCAACAGCAAGCAAGUAGUAAUUCCUCCACCACCACGUCACAGAGCCUUGCAUCUAACCAGCAGAAAAGUGGCUUUCACCUGAAUCUACAUCAUAGCCAUUCUAAACAGGGUUUAGAAAGAAUGUUACAGGGUUUUGUUUCCAAGACUUUGGAUUCUGCUAGUGCUCAAUUUGCUGCUUCUGCUUUGGUGACAUCAGAACAACUGAUGGGAUUCAAGAUGAAGGAGGAUGUGGUGCUUGGAAUCGGGGUGAAUGGCGUCCUUCCAGCCUCAGGAGUAUACAAGGGCUUACACCUCAGUAGUACUGCACCCCCGGCACUUGUCCACACGAGUCCGUCGACGGCAGGGCCAGCUUUGCUACAGCCUGCGAACGUGACGCAGACGGCGGGUUCCCACAGUGCGCCGAGUCACCCAGUGACUGCUGCCAGUUCUGCAACAACUCAGGUUCUGAUUGGGAACAACAUCCGAUUAACUGUACCUUCAUCAGUCGCCACUGUAAACUCUCUCGCCCCCAUAAACGCACGACACAUACCUAGGACUUUAAGUGCUGUCCCGUCGUCUGCCUUAAAGCUGGCUGCCGCAGCAAACUGUCAAGUUUCCAAGGUCCCGUCUUCAUCCUCUGUAGAUGCAGUUCCACGGGAAAACCAUGAAUCAGAAAAGCCAGCACUAAACAACAUAGCAGACAAUACAGUAGCGAUGGAGGUGACGUAGCUUCCUCAGGAGUGGAGCCGCAGCCUGGGGACUUGAUUAGGUGCUAUGCAUCAGUAGCAUUUUGAAUGCAAGGGAUGAUGGAAUGCAGCACAUGCGUUUCUGUGGCAGCUGUGGGGACUUGACAGCCAUGCUCAUCUCUCAUGCUUCCAUUUUUCUUUUCUUACUGUUAAUAGGGAAGAAAAUCAACAUCUGUAAAUUAAGAAUACAGCAAUUAUCUGUACAGUACUGCAUAUUUGUAAUACCCUUGUAUAUAUGUUACUUGAAUACAGAGAUGUUCAUUUGUGAUGCUUUGCACUUGGGGGUGGGGGGGAGGGAAAUAAAUUGCAACAAAGAGUGUGAGAUGUGAGAGUGUGUAGAGAUGAGGUGUCAUCACAUCAUGUGCAUGGUGCAGAACCUGCUGUUUUAUCUAUUUAUUGUGCCGUGUUUACAGUUUUGUACACUGUACCUUCAUUGGUUCCUGUGCUGUAGUAAAUGUGUUAGGUAGCUGUGGACUCCUUGGUAUUUUGUAAAUGGUAUAACAUAACUUGGUUCCCCUCUGGGUCCCUGAGUUUUCUGUGUAUCGUGAAAAAAAAUGGUGACAUACAUACAGAAUUUUACAAAAAAAAAAAAAGGCAUCAGUUUUUUAAAAAUGGGGAAUGUACUGUUAAAUGGGGAUCUUCCUGGUCUACUACCAUUAGGACAAGUAACGAGCUAAAAAUGAAGUCUCUUGAAUCUUCCCAUCCCCACCUGCCCACAGAGCUGUGGGUAGUUUCUGGUACUUAAAGCACUAAUGUUAUGUUGCUGCUCUGCAAACAGCCCAGUAGUCCCAUUUCCUUCCACACCAGAAAGUGUUAAAUCAAGUAUGCAAAUGGAGUCCUUACAACUGGAGUUUAUGUUGUCUUGCCCUUUUUUUAGCACAAGAAAAAAAUUGUACUUUUUUAUUGUCGAAUUGUUUCAAAGACUUCAUUCUUUACUUGUUCUUACAAAAAGGAUAUAAGGGAGAAGAAUGCAGUAAUUGCUGUACGUGUAUCAUCAUUCCAGUUUCUAAAAACAGCCAGCCAGCUUUUUUCCUUCUAAGAUUCUCCAGAAGGCUGCGAGGCCAGAACCACAAAUACCGGGUGCCUUCCUUUGGAAAUAUGUGACCCCUCUUCUGUGAAGAGAAUGGUACUUAACAGACUACUGCUAGUGCUUUGUCAGUACCGAAGUCUGAAUGCCCAGCCCAAUGGCAUACAUUAUCCUUAAGGUUUUUAAUCCCACCUGGAAAAAUGGUGAUAGAAUUCUCACAAAAUAAACCCAGGGCAUUACAUG